AUGUGGUUCGAGGUCAAUCGAUUUCACUUCUUUGUCCUGAUCGCUUGGCAAUUUGCCAUUUUCUUCGCCACUCAAAAUAUUUUUGCCAUCUUUUCGAAUUAUGUUCCUGAGUGGAAAUGUGGUGAGUUGGAUUUUGGAUGAUAAAAAUAUUUUUUCUGCGUUACUUAGGAACUUCAGAGUGGUCCCUAUAGGGGGAGCCUUAGAGACCCUUGAUAAUAUGAAAGUCGCUCAAGGUCGGGCGCAACUUUAGAGUGAGUAAAAAAGUCGAGUUUCUUAUAGCCUCUGUCCAAAUUUUAAAUGUAAAGUCGAGGCUCAAGCUCCGCCCCUAAUCGCGCAGGAAGCCAAUCACAGAGCGAGCCAUCCCUAGAGCGUUUUCGAGUGACGUCAUUUUGGACCUGAAAUUCAAAAUUUGAACAGAACUCAUGCGAAAAACGAGUAUACCUGGGAAAAACUUAAGUGGCCACUUAAGAGGUUCUUCGAGGACUACUUGGAGAGGACACUAAAGGGGCCACUAGACCUCUAUAGAAGCCCUUAUUUUGCUUCUUGGGAGAUAAUUUAGAAGUUAUCUAUCUAAUGGAAACUUUAUCAAAGGUGGCCACUAAACUGUCAAAACCCUAAAGAGGUCGCUAAAGUUUUUCGUGACGGUUGAAUCAAUUGAAAAAUCUUUCCAGACGAUGGCCCCGUCGGCAAAGACUGCGACGUCUUCAGAACUUGCAAAAACUUGACUUUUGUCAACGUCGCUUUCAAAUCUGCUGCCAUGGAGUUUUCAUCAAUUUGUUCAUUUUUUUAAUACUUUUUGAAGGUUUGGCUGGAUUUGUAGCAAAAAGGCUUAUUACGCUUCCUUGUUCUCGCAAGUUCAGUAUUUUGGAGUUCUCAUUGGUAAGUUCAAGUUCCCUUUUCUCCAUUUUCAAGAAGAUAACGGUCAAAAAAGAAGUAAUCUUUUAAGUGUUCCUCACAGCUCGUCCCUUAAGUGGUCACUUCAAAUUCCUACAGUCCAUUUAUUGUUACGGAAAUUUGAGUUAUUUGGCCUAUAUGAACUGAAAAAAUUCUGAAAAUACCGGAAAUUUAGAAGGCAAAUGUUAAGGAAACUCCUUGCUUCGAUGGAAAAUCCUUGCUUUUCUCAGUAUUUCAAUAUUUUUCUUUUUAAAAUCCUUUUUUUCGAAAUAUUAAUCACGCAGAAUUCUUGUAUAGCUGUCCUGAGCCUUUGAAAAAGGGUCCCGACACGAUAAAAAAAAGAGAUAGUGCCUGGUUGGUGGAGAGCGCAGACAGGUCACGCCAUCUUCGCGAGCAUCGGCUAUAGGACUCAAGAUAACACUUAAAACGAUUCUGCGCUUUGAGACCUCUCUAUAAAAUUCACUAUGCUCCUUUAAAAGUUUUGAGCAGACUUUUCGCUUAGGAACCGUUCUUUUCGGAUCAUUAUCAGACGCAUUUGGACGCAAGCCAAUUUCUACAUUCGUCAUGACAAUGGGCAUCUCUUUGAAUCUAAUAGCAGGUUUUUCCGAAUUUUUUUUCGGAUCAAAUAAUAUUAUUUUAGGAGAACCUUCCACUGAAGAACUUGUCAUUGGACUAAGGUGUGACUUGUGGAUUUUUUUAUGAAAAGUGAAAAAUGUAGGUUUUUCAUCGGCCUCGCCGUCGGCGGCACUCUUGUAGUGGUCUGCACCUUCGUCAUGGAGUUGCUCCUACCUCAACAGCGAGUCGUUCUGAGGGGAUUUUUCAAUUGGGUAUUUUUUAGAAAAAAUGAAGUUUGAGGUAAAAAAGGUCAGGGAAAAUUAAUGGUAAAGGCUUUUUCUGUUUUUUUUUUUCAAUAAUUCAAUAAAGAAAAUUCAAUUUUGGACUCUAUUCACCUUAUGAAACAAUAGUUUUUACCACAUCGGCCCUUUAUUUCGUUUUUUAUUAAUUUUUAUCAUUUAUAGCUUGAAAAUUUCUGAGCUGAUAUUUUUUGUAGCCCAUUUCCUACCAGCUUAUCCACGGAAAUGGUCUUGAAAAGAUUAGCGAAACAGUGUGCAAAACGGAGAGAUUCUUGAUUUUCUUGUAGGCUCAUAACUAUCCUGAAACACGAAAAAACCUUGAAAUCUUGUCCCCAACUGUCGGUAUGUCAAGUGUAACAUUCCAUUGAGGUAUAGCCCCCCUGAAACUGUCUGACGUCUGAUCUGUCUGCGCUCUCUAUUAUCUCACUUUCAUUCUAAGAAACACAAAAAAACACGGGAGAGCGAGAAUCAGACCUCUUAAAUUAGUUCCUAUAGAUCUUUCAAAAAUCUAGGAAGUCUAUUAUUUUUUCUUUUUCCAGGGCUGGGCGAGGAUCCUUCUAACACUGAUUUGCAUGCGCUAUCCUACCUGGAGAGACGCUUCUUUCGUAACGGCUACAGCGGCCAUUCCGGCCUUGGUUCUGAUCAUCUUCGUGCUUCCUGAAUCUCCCACUUGGCUCCAUAAUAAGGUGGGUCCGCGACUUGACAUUUUUCGAGUGUCUGCGUCUCUCUGUUCCCUCACCGGCGAGGUCAGAGAAACACGAAAAUAGCAUGUAAAUAUGAGAGGGUCGCUGAGAGACAAAGAGGACGCUGAGAAAAAUACAUUUAUAGCCGAUUCACAGCCAGCUUGGGAGGACUGGAGGCAAGUCACUGUCUGCGCUCUCUAUCUAGCAGAUACUAUCUCUUUUUUUAUCGCGUCAGGACCAUUUUUUGAUGGCUCAAACCAGCCUUGAAUAGGACGCGGCGCCUCUGACUUCUCUGCGCCCUCUUCGUCUCUCGGUGACCCUCUCAUGUUGACAUGCUAUUUUCAUGUUUCUCUGACCCCGCCGCUUAGGGAACAGAGAGACGCAGACACUCGAAAACUGUCAAGUAGAUUAAUGACUUCUCAGUAAGUUAUAGCUCAGGGAAAAAUCGGAAAUUAAAAUGAUUAGAAUUGAGUUUCAGGACCGGCUGGAAGAGAUGCGACAAAGCGAGCUGUACAUGAUGCGCUUCGCCGGAUAUCCUUUCAGACCUGUACCUCACAGGCCGAUCGUCCAGUCUAAGGUACAAGAUGCUCAAAAAAUGUUGGAUAUGAUUUUAAACGUGCAGCAGUUUGAGAGAAGUGAGAAAAUUCAGUUUUUUAAAAAUAAUUUUAAGUCUGUAAAAAUCCACUAUAAAUGAUUUUCGAAGCUUCGGACCAAAAAAAUUGUUUCUUCCCAUCGAGCAACUCUUAAAUGAAAAAGCUCAGGAUUUCUCUUGCGAAUUUUAAUUCAGUUUUUUGUGUAUAGUCCGUUUUUCGCGAAUUGAAGGACUUCUCUGCGCCCUCCUUAUCUCUUGGCGACUCUCUCAUGUUUACGUGCUAUUUCCAUGUUUCUCUGACCUCGCCGGUGAGGGAACAGAGAGACGCAGACACGCAAAAACUGUCAAGUCGCGGCGGACGGACUAUGUUCAUAAAUAGAAUUUCAAAGAAAACUUAUGAGCCUUGUUUUUUUUUCAAUUUCCAAACACAGAUUGAACUAUAGUUUGUUCAAUCUGAAGCGUCUUUCGAAUCUAGGUCACGCUUUCAAGUGAUUAUUAUUGCUGUGGGAGCACAUGAAAGUAGAGUGAGAAAGAGAAAGGAAAAAACUAAAAGCGCGGCCAAGGUUCGCAAAGGCGCGCAGCGGUACAGCGGAAUGUCGUUCCGUGAAAUUCCAAGUCGUGGUACACAGGCUAUAGGUCUAGCGCUAAUGGCAUUAAAUUGGAUUCUUCUUGAGAUUUCUUGAGAACUCAUCAUCAUCAUCAUCAUCAAUAUUUAUUGGUUGUUUUAGUCAGAUGGUAUCGACUAGGCGGUGAAAAAAUUGCUCUUUUGAGCGGCACUAACACCGCCUUUGGCGAAAAAGAAGUCAAAACGUGUAGUCGAUUGAAUUGAAAGCAUGGUCUUACGGUCCUUCGCCUCGUUCUUCCACAAGUAGAUCCCUCAGUUUCGCGGGUACGGGCACGGCGGGGAUGGUAGGGCUCGGGCACGGACGCCGUGUACACUCUAGGGUAGCCUCGGCCGACUGAGAGAGCUACCACUUAGAGUGAAGAAAAUACACGGAAUGAAGAAAAUACACGGAAUGAAGAAAAUACUAUUUUUUUGAAAAUACUAUUUCUACCAUUUUUUUGAAGGUAUAACUUAGGGAGUGGGAAAAAGUACCUUGAAUAGUUGUAGUUGGUAAAUGCCUUUUUCAAUUUUGAAGAUUGGAAAAUUUUUGAAGAUCCAUCUCGUUGAUUUUUCGAACCAUUUUCUCUUGAAAAAUGUUAUUAGAGCCUUUUUCCAGAAAAAAAAAUCUCAUUUUCUUUUCUCCCAGACCAUCUGCGAAGUCGUCCGAACCCCAGGGCUUUUCCGGCGGAUCUCCGUCCUCUGGAUCCUCUGGUUCGUCGCCUCCGUCUGUUCUUUCGCCACGGACCUCAACUCCAACAACAUCUCCGGCAACCUUUUCUUCAACCAGAUCAUGUUCGGCGUCCUCCUGGCCAUUUCCAAAAAUUGUAAAGAGUUUUGAGAUUCAAAAUCUCAACGGAGUCAUUUCAGAUCCUGGUGAUCGUCGAUUCAAAUUGUCCUUCUUUCAAACGAAGGACUUUGCACCAAGGCGCCCAGGCGAUUGUCUGCGUCUGCUUCGUUGUUUUGUCUGUCAUGACAAUUAUGGAAUAUAAGGUGAGGUAAUCGCUCAGCUUUUAAAAAUGAUACAAAAUAUGGUAAGAAUGGUAAAAAUUUCAUCUUUUUCUCAUUUCGAACUUCCUCUUUCUCUUUUUCUCUUAUUUUUGGCUUUUUUAGCAAAAAAUAGUUCCCAAAAAGAACUUUCUUGUACUAUAUCUACAUAUUCACCACGGCGUUUUUUUUAUUACGCAAGGUCAAGAUUUCUCGUAAAUUAUGAUGUUUAGGGUGUAAGCACACCGAGACGCACUAUCGCAUACUCAAAAUUGUUUUUUUCAAUUUUAGAAUUUGCAAUUUUAGGAUAAUAACUUCUGAAAUGUUCGAAAUCUUGUCAGUUUAAAUAAAUAUCUCCUGUUCGAAAUCUUGUCAGUUUAAAUAAAUAUCAGUGUCUCGCGUUUAUCUCGGCAGUUAUUCUUAGUGUCAUUGAAUAAGCAAUUGUAAAUACGAAAAAAAUAUUGAAAUGAGGAAAAUUCGAGGAGCAAAUGAAAAAAAGAAACAUUUUUAUAUAGUCUGUUCAGAUUUUGAAUGCCAAGCAGCUAACUCCACCCUCAUGGCUACAAUAUCUUUCGCGACCACUGCCUAGCUGUGAUUUACCAAAAAGAAUCUCGGAUUAUGAAAAAAAUGACAUUUGGCAAUGAAACUAAUUAAAACCAAAGAGUUAUAUAAAAAAAGAAACGAGCAAAAUCAGCGGAAACUGUGAACAAAAAAAUUGACGAAUUUUUCAAAAAAACUAACUCCUCCCUCAGUUUUUGAACGAAAUUCCAUGGAACCGCUUUCAAUAGACGUGUAAUAUGCUACUAUUUCACAAUAUGGACAUCUCGCAAAACCCAAACAUGAAUAUACAGAGAAUAAUUUGAAAAACCACCGAAAAAUGACAUAAAGACCGAAAAAAAUUUGAAUUUAGCGGGGGCCUGCACAAAGUGCGCUCCAUCGGUCGGCGGCAAUCUUUUUACAUUUGCUUCCACUGCGUGGAACGCCGUGUCACGGCAUUUUUUGGCGCGCCCAUAUUUUUUUCCGUAAAGUCUAGUAUGUCGUGUGCAUACACUGCGGCGCUCUGGCACACGUCGCGUUCAAUUUUCGCGAGCCGAAAUCCAGAUAUAUUUUUCUCUCUUUGGUGGCUAUUUUGAAUUUCGCGGAAUUACUUUCAACACAUCAUGUGUUUUUAAAACAAACGAAAAAAAUCGCGUUUUUUUAAAAAUCAGAAUUUACAUAAAAUUGUUUGUUUCAAUAUCUUCCUUUAUUUCACUGAUAUCAACCGGCAAUUUCCUCAAAAAAAUGAAAAAUCUAGAGCUCCUUUUUUUGAGCUUUUAAAAAGGUGUCUGAAUCUCUUAUUUCCGCCUUCUUUUCUCCUAAAAAGGUUAAGAAAAAAAAAGAUUUUUUUGAAGGUUCUUUUUAGGUCCUAUCGGACUUUGCGCGUGUUUAGAACUUUCUGACAAACCAAAAAUGAAUGAAAUAGUGUUCCCCUUCAAACUGAGUCCAAGUCCAUUCCAACUGCACAUCAAACUCAGGGCGUCGGCGUGCUCAUCACCAACCUCUUCGGCACGGUGUUCAUGGAGUACACCUGGGACGCCUGCUACCUUUGCGCCAUCGAAUCCGUCGAGACGAGCUGCCGCGCCAGUGCGACUGGCAGCUGUAGCCUCGUCGCUCGCGUCGGCGCCAUUUUGGCUCCUUUUGUGAGGAAGAUUUAUUUAUCACAAUUAAGAUAUAGCCUAUUCCCCGCCAGCUUGUCACGUUUUUCUUUCCGCCAAAACUACCGUAUACCAAAUUAGAUCAAGCUUCCGCUUUUAUAACGGCAAGGUCUUGAAGCGAAAUUGGUUAAAUUUGACCUGGCCUUUCGGCGGAAAGAAAAACGUGACAAGCUGGCGCGGAAUGGCCUAUAAAAGGUCUCGAAGCGAAGCUUGAAAAAGAGUUCCGUAUACUGUAGUUAUUUCUAUUUGUCAUGUUAAAAUUUCCGGCCAAAUUGACACAUAUUGAUUUUUUUGAAGUGGCAAAGACGGUUUCAGGCCUAAUUUUUGAAAAGAAAACCAAGAUGUCUGAAUUUUUCACAAGCUUUUUUCUUCAAAUAUGUAGAAACUUACUACAUUUUGAAUCAAAAUAAAGAAAGAUUAAUCUUCUAAAAUAAUGGAUUCCAGUUGAACUACGCGAACUUGUGGUGGUCCCCUUCGGUGUUCAUCACCGUCGUCAUACUCGGAGUCAUCAAUUUAGGAGUUUCCUACGCGUUUUUAGUGAGUUUGUGACUAGGAAUAUCAGUAUUUUGAAAAAAUCUGUAGUGAAUAGUGAUAAGAAAAAAAUGAAUAGCUGAAAUUUGCAAAAAAAUUAUCGAUCCGAUAUUUUUUUCUGAAUUUCUUUUUUUAAAAACAUUUUUUUGCGAUUUUUUUCAUCGUUACGUCAUUUGUACUUCUUCCAAAAAGCCUGUGACAUUUUUCACGAUUUUUUUCUCACAAUAAAUAUUCGGCGAUCGUCAAAUCAAAGCUUUUUACAGCCCAUUCCGAGUCAGCUUAUUACGAUUAUUGUUAGAGAAAUCAUCAUGUUUGAAGCGCGCGGGAUGUUUUUCUGUCUGCGUCUUUUAUUUGGCCUAAAAUUUCCGUUAUAUUAAAGGCGCAGGCAGAAAUAAUAUUGCUCUGCUCAGAAAAAAUGAACGGAAAUCGUGAGAAGCUGGCGUGGGAUACACAAUUUCCUUGUCAAUUUUCUAGUAAAACAUGAAAAAUUAGUUUUUAUGUAAAUACUGAAGCAACAUUGAAAAGUUUCAGAUCGAAACGAAAAACGUCGAUUUGGACGAGGUCAAAAUGGAAGAACUGGAGGAACACGAAACGCUCAACAUGUAG